UAUUUUUCAGUGUUUUGGAAAACUUCACUGUGCCCGGGCCCGACCAAAAAAGAGCCCAGUAUGUGAGGGAAACAUAGGCAAUUAAGUAUGUCGUUUCAUUUUUAAGUCUCACAUUACGCGUUUAGAUGAACAUUUUCAUGCCAAAAUUACGACUAAAAUUGAAAUUUGAAUGGGUGAAAAAGAAGGAUGAACAUGAAACUGGUUAAAGUCUAUUGUCUCUGAGAACCUAUUCUUCAUCGACAUUGUGAUCUUUCUAAGCACUCUAGAGCCACAGAUUUGCAACUUCGCUAGAUUUUACACGAACCAGAACGAGAUCCAGUAUCGUGGGUGCACAAAGAAUCCUGUACAUCGAUGUCAAUCUAGCCGUGUCGUUGACUCGAACUCAAUUGUGAUUUACGUCAUUGGCUGGCGUUUGCAAAAAUGCCACACAAAUUCAUAGGUACUAUCCCGGUGUUUUGCCGGUCAGAUCAACCUCAACGGUGAACACAGUGAUUCCUCCAUUAGUCACAAAAACGGCCGAAGAAAUAGAAAAAGCACUUUUAAAACAUGAAAUCAUUCCUGAUGUAAUAGAUAAAGCUCCCAAACACUUUUUGAUGGCCCUGUUUCGAGAAAAUGAUGAGAUGCCUGAGCUUGGAAACGUUUUAGACCCCAAUAACUUGGACUGGUAUCCAUAUCUUUCAAACUGGCCAUGUGACAAUACGUCUCUCUACACAUUCGUAAUGACAGAUCCUGACUCUCCCUCAAAAUACAAACCAAAGAUGCGGGAGUGGCAACACUGGUUGGUUGGCAACAUCCACGUGGCGGUUGAAGAGGGCGAUUUCUUACCGGAUGUUUUCGAAUCCGACAUGAUGUCUAAGUACAUUCCGCCGUAUCCAAAGAAGGGAACCGGUUUCCAUCGCAUUGUCUUUUUGGUGUACAAACAACCGAUGGGUCGAAUUGAAUUCAAAGAAAAGCUGUUGUCUUACAAAAUGUCGCAAUUAUCCAUUUCCUCCUCAGACGAUGAGCCAUUAAUCAUCACGGCGACGCCGCUGACUUCGCCUUCAACCACAGGAGCAGCCCUUCUCAGAGCGGCAGCCAAGCUGCAGACGUCCACACACACCCCCCCUCCCCAAGCGAGACAACCAACGCAACCCGCACAGGCCAGGCUGCAAACAUACAAGUCUCCCACAAGACAGCCAACGCGGCCCGCGAAGAUCACCUCCAGGGGCCCCAGUCGGCAGCACCCACAGAUGAGCCGGCCGCAUCCUUCCGCUAAGCCCGCAACCACGGUCUUCCGCCGGUUAGGCCCGCUGCCCACCGCGUCCGCGAGGAGCUCGGGCCCCUCCGUGGCCAGCACCACCACCAGGCUUACGCGAAAUCCAUCAGGUCCACCCCCCGCGGCAUUCAGCCCCCGGACAGCCGCACGCGUCCCUCGUGCAUUUACCAGCAAGCGCGCGUCUCGCGCCUCACCGCCGUCCACCCUAUAACGGACAGCCGAUCGCGUCAACCUCCAGCUGCCGCAAGACGACACCCCGGGCGGAAGCCUCCUCGCACGCCCGUCCGCCCCAAGCGAAAGCACCACGCGUCAGUUCGGAGGAAGACAUUCGCUCCCCUGCUCUCCCCUCUCUCUCCCGCGCUCACGACCUCAGAGUGGCGAAGGUUCCUUAAAACCUGUAGCUCGCUAGACACGCCUCCGGUGCUCUCCCCACUCCCGCCCACUCCUCCGAGGCCGAGACCAACCAGUGCGGUUCGCCCCUCCCCCAUCAUCGUAUCGGACGACCCGACCCCACCAUCAAAGGCCAGCACUGUGAUCCUGCCGCCAAGGACAGCCGUCCUACCAGCCAGACGAUUCGGUGACAUUUCUCACAUGGUCGAGGUCCGGAGCACCAGAGACGUAGCCACCCAGACAACUGUCACCCAGCCGGCACGGACCUCCGUCGCUACGACCACCACCUCUACCCAAACCCCGGCGGACUUUUUUUGGUCCCUCCUCCGCGCCUGGGUAAGGCGCCAACUGGAGCACCUGAUCGCCCGCUCCCGUAGCAGGGCAAAGGAACCUAUUCCUAUUCCUCAGAGAGUCCCUCUCUGAGGAUAUUAUUAUUAUAUAUUAUUUCUGCACUGAGGAUAAACCUCUUAGUUAUUCAUUUCCUUAUAAAAUUCAUCUCGUGAAGAUGAAGUAUUAGCUUUAAUUAGGUUUUAACACUUCAAUGUCAAUAUCAGCUUAAUAAUGAUUAAGGGGACACUUUAGAUUGUGACAUGAGGUGAAGGCAACUUUUAAUCUCUUGAAUCUCUUUUUUCAAAAAGUUUAUUUCUUCCAAUAGUUGUAAUCUCUCGUUACGGUGUUCUAUUUCCAUUGUUUGAAUUCGAUUUUUUAAUCUCUCAA